AUGGACACAGAUAUUCUAAACGCAUCACAUAAUGAUGACCGCGAUGCCGAGCUUGAUGCUUGGUUGGCGGGGAAAACACCGUUCCAGCAGGACGAUGGGAUCAGUUACAGUGAGCACAGCCAGUUUGCGACUAACUGCAUGGGAGAGAGCAUCCCUCCUUACAACUUUGAUCUCUUUUCGGAACGGGCGCAUAGCCAAGUGACGAACCGAUGGAACCCAGACUACAACUAUGACAGCGAUAGCGGCAGCUACGAAGCAGAGCAAGAGAACAGCAUCACCCCCAAAGGUAAAGCUGUGUACCAAAACAGUGUUGACGAAAACGUGAAUGUGUACCGUGGCACCUACACACCCACCAAAUACAUCGAGACUGCUGGCGAGAAGGAGAACACCAGCUUUGCGGGCGGACGUCAGAGGAAGGCGAGAAUUUCCUCGCGAAAAUCUGCGGCUGCCAACAGCAAGUGGAUUGAAGAGAGAAAGACGGCAGAUUAUGCAUCUCACAAUCGCAGAAGCCGCUCGAAGCUUUCUUCACGUAACCAGAAUGCUGGUUGGAAGGCACAUCCAUCGUUUGAGAUCGAGGAAUGCCUGGACGAUGGCGACAGCAGGACAAUGCGCCACAUUGUCGAUUGCGAGGUGAUCUCGAAUCCGGAUUCGAUUUCUGAGUGCGGCCGAUCAGAUUGGUCAAACCGUGCUGGCAUUGGACACCUCCGGUCCCCCCAGUGA